CAGACUUAUGUGCAUAGUGUUUGGAAACACAACUAAGUUCUGCACUACCGAGAUCAGGAAAUUUAAUGUUCUUUGGUGAUUCUGAUUCUAGUGAAGAGUUUGUUUCUCCUCUCACCCUUUCUGAUUUAGAUCUAAGUCCUCUGAAAAAGGUUAGGUUUAGGAGUAAGAGUUACAUAGAGCGUGAAUUAGAGUUUAUUGAAGAUCCUGAUUACAUCCCACCUUCUACUCCAUGCAGUGAAAGCUACGAAACAGAAGAUAUGUCAUUAGAGGAAACAUUGAGUAUUGGGGGGAGUGAGGAAGUUAGGAUGGUGGAGGAAGUUAGCGUAGGAAUUGAGUCGUUUAGGUCAAAGAGAACGGUGGAAGAGGUGGGAGGUAAAGAGGGAGUUGAAGGAGAGGGAGUUGAAGGAGAGGGAGUUCCUUCAAAUAUUUUGGAGGUUGAGGGUGCAUGUGAAAGGUGUUAUGAUGUGGAGGUAGACAUUGUGUCUGAAGUUAUGGGGUCAGCUGGGGUGGAGGAAAGGGCUUGCUCAGCACCUCGGGAUCAUUGGAUGUCGGUUUAUGCCCAUUAUUUAGCGGCAGGGUUGAGGUUCCCCAUCUCAAAACUCCUAGUUGGGUUGUUGUUGAAAUAUAGUAUAUGUUUAACGCAACUUGCUCCAAAUGUCAUUAGGGUUGUGAUAGGUUUCUUAUUGUAUUGCCGAGCUCAGGGUGUUAGGGUACCCACAGUAAACAUGUUUAAGUACUUCUUGGUCCUAAAGGGUGGGAGUACAAAUGAGAAGGGUUGUUUGAAUGGGGAUGAGAAGGAGGAAGUAGAGAAAUUAGUGAGAGAGGAGGAUGAUGUUGUAGACAUCAUGUAUCUCACCAGUUUAGAUGCUGUGGAGGCAACUGAGCUUUAUGGGGCGAACUCUUUAAGUGAAGGGCCAAGGUCGGAGCUUAAACGGAAGAGAAGUGAGGAUGUUAGGCUUGCUCAAAAGAGGAUGAGGGUGGAGGAGCAGGAGUGUAAGGGGGAUGAGGUGGUGGAGUUCGUACCUCGUCCCCCCCUCCCCCACUUGUUUGACACUAAAAGCAUGACUGUUGCAAAGAGGUUUAUAAACUCAACUUUCCCUGAGAUGGAUUGUCGUCGAGCUCGGGAAAAGGUGUUAAGCCACGGUGGGGUUGGGAUUGUGAAGCACGUCCUUAUGGAGAAUGAGGAAUUGGGGAAUAAGAAGGAAGAGGUAGAGAAGGAUUUGGUAGAGGUCAUGCCAGAGCUUACGCCGCUUGAGGAAGUGAAUGAUGCAUUGAAGACAAAGCUUGUGUUUGAGGAGAGGAAGAGAAGAAUUUGUGAAGAAAAGAUAGAAGCACUACAGAAAGAUGUGAAGGCCCAACAUCCUGAACUGGAUGUGACUAGCAUCACCUUUGGGAAGCAAGAAGGAGGAGUGGAGGAAGAUAGAGAGAGUAUGAUGGUUGACUUUUGUCUUGAAGUUGAGCUAAAAUGGGACCACGACAUUGAAGGUUGUACCAUUUUUCCUCCUAACUUCGACUUUAAGUUUAUUGCAAUUGAAAAGGGAGAACCAGAAGCCAGAAGUGCUGAGGUCGGAGGUGCCAAAGUUGCAAAGAACGAACUUGAGCAAGAGGUCGAUUAGCUACCUCCACCGGAAGUGGAUCAGUCACCUCUUCUAGCCCAAUAGCAUGCUUUGUUUUUCUAAUUUCUUCUUUCUUGUACUAAAUUCUAAACAAUGUGUUUGUUUUGUUUAAGACGUUUUUGUAACAUUUAUUAACAAUUCAUUUAUAUAUUUGAGAUUUGUUUUGAACAUUUAUAUAUAUUUUUGUUGUGUAUGUUUCGAGUAGAAAUUGAAAGGAAAUCACCUCGAAUGUGAGGUUAAAUUCAUUAAUAAAAUUCAAAUUCAAAG